UCAACGGACGUAUUGUUCUGUUUAACCUAAACUUGGUGGAAAAAUAAUGUAACGCUUUCCAUAUAAACCUUUAACUAACAAAAAUAUCCAUCUUGACUUGGAUUAAUAUUGCCGUUCAGUUAACUCCACUUUCCCUCAGUUCUGAUAUAUGCUGAAUUUAAAUCGAUUCGCUGUCCUUACAUUUCUCAGGUUAUGCACGAAGACACAACAAGGAAACUUUAGGAUGUGUGACGAAAUAGUGUGGGAUGCGAUUCAUCCGCGUAGCUUGCACGGAAAGGUGCUCCGGUUGGGGAAAGAGCCAGUGAGAAAGAAAGGAGGUGGAGGUAGUUAAUUUUAAGAAAGAAAGAAAGGAAGGCAGAAAGAAUCCGUACGUUUUCCAGUGGGCAAAAUUGCGGUCUUAUCGAUGCAUGUCAGACAUUUAGAUUUCAGAAUGAGUGUAAGAUUAAAAUAUUCAGGCAUUUAUGUUCAUGAGGAAUAUUCACUUUGUUGUCUUGUUUCUCGUUUUCUGAAAACCUGCCGUUUUUAAUGAUGUUGCCUCUUUCAAACGGGAUGGGGGCAAGUGGCAAAACAUUCGGAAAACACUGAAGUUACUUUGCUCUUUUAUCUUAUAACAUCCAUGGACUUGGAUUACGACAGUUUUUGGAAUAUCAUUCAACAAGAAGCGCCUGAAGAAGAGUUGUCUCAAAAGGACAUUUUUUUCUCUUCCUCUUUUUGGACCCCGCUAGCCGUGAACAGACGGGUUGUGCUCAGGAACAGCAGAGCACAACGACAAAGAUCUCAGGGAAAAGAGAGCUGUGGGGGCAUACUUCAUUAUUUGAGUGGAGGAAACGGACUGACUGACUUGUACCAAAGAAACUCAGUUUCAGAACAACUAACUUUCAACGCAAAAACACCAUGAAGUGGAGUGCUGCUGUAGGCUACAAAUGUUGAAGUGGCUCUUGUAGCUUCGUAAAAUAUCGGUAUAGUGACAACAACUUCACGAAUGUGACCGCUAGUUCAACGUGUGUGAGCGGACCGUUCUUUUCAUACGGAAGCUGUACAGAUUGAGCAUCCAAAUCCCGUAAUUAGCAAACAACAACUCUAAAUUCUGUAACUAAACCAGCGUGUUUGUUGUUUAACUGUUUUUAUUGUAGCCUACUGCUGUUAACGGGUUACAGGUAGGUCCACGUUUCAGGUGGGGCCAGGUAACUGUUUUAACUGUUCUUUCUACUGCUUAAACUUACAUAUGGUAAGCCUGCCGAGAACCAUGGCAAGAACACCAUGAUUGUGGUUUAAAAGGACGUUUUUUGCAUGGUUGAUGCGAAUUGUAAUAAUUGUUAAAAAUGCCCUAGUCGUAUUAUUUAUCCAAGGUAUAUGGACAGUGUUUGUUUGUUUUUGUCUACUGUAGAGAAAUUGGUCUGUUGUGUCUACAAUCUUAAUGUUGCCGGUCCCAAGCGUUUCGACUGCUGUUAGGAAUACUUGAAUCUCUGUUGUACGCACACUGUAGGUUAAUUUAUUGAGUAGUGGCGUAAUUUUGCAGCUAAUUAACAUACUGGUGUAGUUUCAGGACUAUACCUGUUGAUUAAUCUGGGGAAAGCGUAAUAUAUAUAUUCAUAUAAUGGACCGACUUGGCAGUAAACUGUUGACAAAAUUGAAACUGACAGAUUCAGGGAGUGUGAAAUUUUCCAGUUCGAAAAAGAAAAAUGAAUUGGCCAACACAAAUAACAACAGCAACCGCAGCAACACCCCUACCGGUACAGCCACACAUCAUGGUAGUACCACCACAAGCUCAAGUACUGUGGCUACGCAGACUGGCGGCCCGAGUGGAAGGCCCUCUCCCCAAGUCACUCCCUCACCAACAGCCACCAGUGCUGCCUCUGCUGUGCCCACAGAAUGCAGUACAAUGAACGAGCUCCACCCAACAUCCCUGGCACAACUACGGCGCCCGUCGGCCCAGCUACGUGCUUCAUUCCACAUGUCGGAGGGUGUGUCAGACGUUCGGGCAGGAGGCUCCGGUGAGGGGGCCUUGCGGUGUGACUCUGAGCCGCAGAUGCAGUGUGGGCUGAGUCCUCGCGCCUCGCUCGACCAGCGGCGCUAUUCCCUGGAGCUCCAGCAGCUGGUGCGCCGCCAGCAGCUCCUCUCGCAGCCACCUCUCUCCAUGCCCCCCAUGUACCCGCCCCACCCCUCGUGCCCGCGCUCUGCCACCGAGUCGGGCUUCAUGCCCGAGCCGGAGCGGCACAAGCGCUUCUCCCUCCAGGAGGCACUCUUUUACAAGCGCCUGAGCUCAGGGGGGGAACCGUGGGACAGCGUCCGGCCCGCCUCGCUCUCACACCCGCCGCAACGGGCUCUGGACGGUGCAGGGGGAAUGGGGCUGGGGGGUACGGGUGGCUUCUUCCCUCCAGGAGGGACCGCGCUGAGCCCCUGCUCAUCCUUCAGCCUGCAGGAGUCGCUGCUGACCAGCCCUCGCUCCAGCUUCGCCAGCAGCACGGCCAGCGGCGGCGGAGGGGGAGGGGGCAGCCCCAUGGGCAGCCGCUGCAGCAGCAACCGCACAAGUGGCAUCAGCCUGGGCUACGACUCGCGAUACACCCCCUCCGGACUGCUCCAGCAGCAGCUCUCCUCCAUUCAGCUCGGUGGGGUCACCAGUGGGCAGUGUUACCCCUACCAUGGAGCAGGCAGGCCUUGCUCACACUCCAUGGAGGCGUGGGAUUACCUGGAGGGCGCCACGGUCGGAGAGAGCCGGCACUCGUACCCGCCCGCCACCAGCAGGUCUGCAGAGGGGUGGGCAGAACAUCGGGCAGGCCUGGCGGAGCACGAGGCGGAGCGGUCAAGGCUCUCGGACCUCCCUGGCGUGCGGUACCAGCAGGAGCUGACGCGCCUCCUCCUGAGAGAUGCUGCCCGGGAGGGGGAGGAUCUGAUGGGGGGCUUGACCCUCCAAGACCUCCACAUCACGACCGCCAAACCCACACCCGCCGCCGCCGCCGCCGCCGCCGCCAAUCACCACUCCUCAGGUGGACCGCUCAAGGCACAGGAGGAGUCCGGAGCUGCUCGAGAGUCGGUGGAGAACCGGCAGGAGUUCUUUGGUCCGUGUGUGAAGUGUGGGAAAGGGGUGUAUGGGGCAGACAACGCCUGCCAGGCUCUGGACAGUCUGUACCACACCCGCUGCUUCACCUGCGUCUCUUGUGGUCGCACCCUGCGGAACAAGGACUUCUACAAUGUCAACGGCUCUGUAUACUGUAAAGAGGACUAUAUGUUCUCUGGCUUCCAGGCUGCAGCUGAGAAGUGCAAUGUGUGUGGCCAUCUUAUCCUAGAACAGAUUCUGCAGGCUCUGGGGAACUCGUACCACCCAGGCUGUUUCAGGUGCAUCGUGUGCUCCAAAGCCCUGGAUGGGGUUCCGUUCACAGUGGACUACCUCAACCACGUCUACUGUGUCUCUGACUACAACAGGGCCUUUGCUCCCAAAUGUGCUGCCUGUCUACAACCUAUCUUACCUGCUGAGGGCAGUGAGGAGAUUCUUAGGGUGGUGUCCAUGAACAAAGACUAUCACUUUGAGUGCUACCACUGUGAGGAAUGUGGGAAGCAGCUCUCGGACCAGGCCGGAUCCCAGUGCUUUCCUCUGGACGGCCACCUGCUGUGUCACGCCUGCCACAUGAUCCGGGUCGCGCGCUGCACAUAGCCUUCCCCUCGCAACACCACACAAGGAGGAACCAUUUUCCUGGCAAGAAGCACUCGUUUGCACGGCUCUCAAUCCAACUAUCCCGAGUUCAGAAGCAGGUGCACUGUCGUCCCUGUGGCUGUCUUUGGGGACCGAGUGUCACCGCAUUGACCUGCUCAGACUGCCUGUGCCAGUGUAGUGAUGGACAGAUCAAGAAUGAUGGUGUUCAAAAUACCAUUCAUGAGGCAAGCUCUGUUGCAUUUUUUUUACGGUCAGAACUGUAGUACGAUUAUUUAAGCCUGACCAAGAGAUCAGUGUCUCUGCUCAAACAAACACACACAUCCUGCUGACAUUUCAAAGUCUGAGUUCUGGUUUUGAAGAAAACCACAGCUAUAUUAUUUCCGUAUGAACUAAGUACUAAAAACACACAAACUACUGGUUGUUAUUCUUCUUUAUGUGUACUGUGUGCUGUAGAAAAGAACAAGGGAUUAUUAUCUGUUUCUUGUGAAGUGUCUCAUAUUUAAUAUCAGUAGCAAUGGUUUUGCACUUAAAAUGUUUACCUUUUUUUUAAAGAGAUUUAAGAACAUGUACCUGCAAAAAAGAGAAAAAACAUUCCUGUAUCUUUUUUUUUUUUUAAUUAAUAAAUAUUUUGAGAAAAGUAUGGGUGCAUUUUUUUUCUUUCCAUAACCUACUAAAUUAAUUCAGUUGAAUCUUUUUCCAGUCAUAGCAGGAAGUGAAGUCAACUGUUCCAACUCUGACAUUAGUGAUGAGGGUGGCGUACGUGCCAUCCAAAAGACCCCUAACCUGAAAGUACAUUUGAAACUGCUGAGUUUUCAUACCACAUUCUCAAUUAUGCUUGGCUAGUUGCUUUUCAUUUUAUUUUAGAAGGAAUCACAUUUCAAACACUCUGAAAA